AUGAUCGCGACCUCGGUACUAAGGACCGCAUCGCACACCGCACUUAGGCGCUCGGUGCCUGGAUUGGCAUAUGCUGCCACCACGCGCGGGGCGCUCUUCACGCCUGGCCUUGGAGGUGCUUCACGCAGGCACAUAUCGACGACCAAGCAGGCGGACCAGAAGGUCUCUUCCCCGCACAACCAAGAGUCUUCACCCACGGAGCACCUGACCCGACAUGAUGCGGUCAGCACCGUCCCCGAGAAGGUCCACGGGGACUGGGUCCUCUUCCAUCCUGUCUACUCCCCGGAAGAGCUCAAGGCCGUCGAGGUUCUGCACCGUGAAACCAAGACGCUCGGAGAUAAAUUAGCUCAUGGCCUUGUUAUACUCGCCCGCAAGAUCUUCGACCUCGUCUCGGGGUACAAGCACAUAGAGGGGCCUCCUGACCCCGGCAUGACCAUUGCGGAGCUGCGGAAGGCGGGCUAUCUGCUGAGUGAUAAGCAGUGGCUCAACCGUAUCUUGUUCCUCGAGAGCAUCGCCGGUGUUCCUGGUAUGGUAGCGGCCACCCUUCGCCACCUUCAAAGUUUGCGUCUGAUGCGUCGAGAUAGCGGAUGGAUUCAUACGUGUUUGGAGGAGGCUGAGAACGAGCGGAUGCACCUCAUGACCUUCAUGACACUGCGCCAGCCUUCCAUCUUUUUCCGAGCCAUGGUGCUGGGUGCUCAAGGCGUUUUUUACAAUCUAUUCUUCUUAUCCUAUAUAAUUUCGCCUAGAACUGCCCACCGAUUCGUGGGCCACCUGGAAGAGGAGGCCGUCCUCACCUAUACCCGAGCCAUCCACGAGCUCGAAGCUGGUAAAAUUCCGGAAUGGACUGGCCAUCCUGCUCCGGAAAUUGCGAUUGAUUACUGGAGGUUACGUCCUGAUGCAAAGCUCCUCGAUGUCCUCUACGCAGUCCGGUCCGACGAGACCACCCACCGCUUCGUCAACCACAGCCUGGCCAACCUAAACCCUGCUACGGAUGUCAACCCCUUCGCUCUCCGCGAGCCCAACAUGCUCGUGAAGGGCACCAAGAUUGAGUUUGACCGCGAAGAGGCCGAGCAAUACGUUCGCGAAUCGCAUAAAAUCAUACAGCGCCCUCAUCAGAUGUCCGAUAGUCAUUAA